AUGAUAUUUAGUUCCGACCCAGACCCAAGGGACUACGAUGGGGACUAUGAGGACACUACUGUCAGUCAGAUGCUGGCUCCCAAAAACCACCAGGCAGAGGCCACGCUCAUAUUAAAUAACUUACUUAAGGACUACGACAAGACACUACGCCCUGAUAUUGGAGUUAAACCAACGCUUAUCGACGUUGACAUAUACGUCAAUAGCAUCGGACCUGUAUCAUCAAUAGACAUGGAAUACGAAAUUGACAUCAUUUUUGCACAGACGUGGAUCGACAGCCGUCUGCAAUACAACAGCACUAUGAAGAUCCUGACUCUCAACAGCAACAUGGUGGGAAUGAUCUGGGUCCCUGACACCAUCUUCAGAAACUCCAAGAACGCAGACUCUCAUUGGAUUACGAUGCCCAAUCAGCUUCUGCGUAUCUGGAACGAUGGGAAGAUACUAUACACGCUGAGGUUGACCAUCAAUGCAGAGUGCCAGCUGCAGCUCCACAACUUCCCUAUGGAUGAGCACUCCUGUCCCCUGGUCUUCUCUAGCUAUGGUUACCCCAAGGAUGAAAUGAUUUACAGAUGGAAAAGGAACUCCAUCGAAACCUCAGACCAGAAGUACUGGCGCCUCUACCAGUUUGACUUCAUGGGCCUGCGGAAUACCACAGACGUCCUAAAAACGACAGCAGGUGAUUAUGUGGUCAUGACAGUGUACUUUGACCUGAGCAGGAGAAUGGGUUAUUUCACCAUCCAGACCUACAUCCCCUGUAUCCUCACCGUGGUGCUAUCCUGGGUCUCCUUCUGGAUCAAUAGCGAUGCCGCCCCUGCCAGAACAGCGCUAGGUAUCACCACUGUGUUGACAAUGACCACCCUUAGUACAGUGGCCAGGACGUCCCUACCCAGAGUCUCCUAUGUGACGGCCAUGGAUCUCUUUGUCACUGUGUGCUUCUUGUUCGUCUUUGCGGCCAUGAUGGAGUACGCCAUCCAAAACUACUACGCCUACAGGGCACAGAAGCCCCGCUACAAAAAGACAAACAAGACGCAGAGACUGGAGAUGGCCUUCCUCUGUCCCCUCCCACAGACCUACUCGAUGCUAGACAUGGGGCCCAGGUCCCCCACGACUGUGGUUCCAUUGAACAACAACUACUCAUACUGGCAGGACUAUGAGGACGUUUACGAGUGUCUGGACGGGAAGGACUGCCAGAGCUUCUUCUGCUGUUACGAGGAGUGCAAGGGUGGAGGGUGGAGGAAAGGACGCAUCCAUGUCGACAUUAAGGAGCUGGACGCUUACUCGAGAGUCUUCUUCCCUACGUCGUUCCUCCUGUUCAACAUCGUCUACUGGGUCUCUUAUCUCUACCUUUAG